UCUACCUUCACAUCAUUCUUCAAGCUGCCCAAGGAGGUCCGCGAGAUGAUUUGGCUUGCUAGCCUGCCUCGAACCGCAACAGUCGAAUUCAACGAAACAGAAUUCGACGUCACAAGCAUUUCACCACCAACACCUCUUCUCCUUACCUGCAAGGAAGCGCAUGCCACAGCGCUAUCCUUUCUCUCUCCUACCGCAUACCCCAUCUGGGGCCCUGAAGACUGGGAGAUGCUCUCGCUUGACCCGGAGAAGAUGAUUCUCCAAAUCAUCAUUAAUCCUUCCAAAUCCGCUUCCUUGAACAUCACUUGGACGGAUAUCUGGAGCGUCCUAGGAGACGCGCUGCUAGCUGCAAGUCGGCUUCAUAUUGUCUGUUGCCAGCCUGAGCGCUUGGCAAGGCUGUUCAUGCUUGAGGAGGCAGAAUGGCUUGGUGUGGGACAAGCCUGUAACGAAGAAGGCUUGUUCAUGAAUGCAGAAACCGUCUCGGAUGAGCGAAAAGCCCGCGAGUCGCUACAGGCUCAGCUUACUGUGACAGGAAUCUCUGGGGACGAAGUCAGUGUUUGGAAGUUGAUUGACGAGAGGAUUUUGACCGGAUUCGGGCACACGGCCAAAGUUUUCUCGACAAAG